AUGGAUGAUGAGACAACCAGUGGCCGAGCCUGCCCCCCUCUGUGUCCUCUCACACUCCCUCUCUUUACCCCUGCAGUUCGUCGUGUGCCUCCCCGUUUCUCCAUCCCCCCCACCAAUCAUGAUGUGAUGCCCGGCGGCAGCGUCAACCUGACCUGCGUUGCUGUCGGGGCCCCCAUGCCUUAUGUCAAGUGGAUGAGAGGCGAGGUGGAACUGACCCGGGAGGAAGAGAUGCCGAUUGGCCGCAACGUCCUAGAGCUCACCAACAUCCGACAGUCUGCCAACUACACCUGUGUGGCCAUAUCCUCCCUGGGCAUGAUCGAGACCACGGCCCAGAUCACUGUCAAAGCCCUGCCCAAGCAGCCCACCUCCCUCAUUGUGACAGAAACCACAGCCACCAGUGUCACCCUGACCUGGGACUCUGGCAACCCAGAACCAGUGUCCUACUAUGUUAUCCAGUACCGCGCCAAACUCUCUGACAAUGGCUUCCAGGAAGUAGAUGGAGUAGCCACAACCCGAUAUAGCAUUGGCGGUCUCAGCCCCUUCUCCGAAUAUGAGUUUCAUGUCAUGGCUGUCAACAAUGUCGGCCGGGGUCCUCCCAGCGGCAUCGUGGACACGCGUACAAGUGAGCAAGCACCCUCAUCGCCUCCUCUUCACGUCCAGGCUCGCAUGCUGAGCUCUAGCACCAUGCUGAUUCAGUGGGAACCUCCGGAGGAGCCCAACGGCCAGAUCCGGGGCUACCGAGUUUACUACAGCUCAGAGCAUGAAACGCCGCUCAGUGCCUGGCAGAAACACAACACGGAUGACAGCCAGCUCACCACCAUCUCAGGUCUAACCACAGAUAUCACCUAUAGCCUGAGGGUGCUGGGCUUCACAUCUGUGGGAGACGGGCCUCCAUCUGAUGUUCUGCAGAUCAAGACCCAGCAGGGAGUUCCGGCUCAGCCAUCUACUUUUGAGGCCGAGGCUGAGCUGGACUCACAGAUCAUGCUCUCAUGGCUUUGGCCUGUCCAGGACCCUAUCAUUGGCUUUGAACUGCUCUACUGGGAGGCCAACAAUCCCACAGACAAGCAUCGUCUCAUUUUCGACCCAGCAGGCUAUUAUGCAGUUGAUGGUCUAAAGCCGGAUACACUGUACAUGUUCUCCCUGGCAGCAAGAUCUGAAAUGGGUUUAGGAGUCUUUACUCAACCUAUUGAGGCCAGGACCGCCCAAUCCAUGCCCGGAGCUCCUCCCAGGAAGGUAGAGGCAGAUGCCCUCAACUCCACUGCCCUUAGGGUGACCUGGAAGCCACCCCUGUCUGUAAAGCAGCAUGGCCAGAUCAGAGGCUACCAGCUGGUCUACUCCAGGCUAGAAAACGGGGAGCCUCACGGCCAGCCAGUCAUCAUGGACGUUUCCCUCCCUGAAGCCCAGGAGGCCAUUAUAACAGGUCUGCUCCCAGAGACUAUGUACUCUGUGACUGUGGCUGCAUACACCACCAAGGGCGAUGGAGCUCGCAGCAAGGCCAAGGUGGUCACCACCACAGGAGCAGUGCCUGGUAAACCCACCAUGAUGAUCAGCACCACCAUAGGGAACACUGCCCUGAUCCAGUGGCAGCCCCCUAAGGAGAUAGUGGGGGAGCAUGUGGGAUACCAGCUGCAGUACAAAAGAGCAGAGGAGGGAGCUUUCAUUGUCAAAGACUUCAGACAGACAGAUGAUCAUUUCACAGUCACUGGCCUACACAAGGGAGCCACCUACAUUUUCAAAUUGUGCGCCAAAAACCGAGCAGGCAACGGAGAGGAGUAUGUUAAGGAGAUCAGUACCCCUGAAGACAUUCCCAGCAGCUACCCCCAGAAUCUGAGUGUAGUAGGCCUGACUGCCACCUCCACCAAGCUGGCCUGGGACCCCCCUCCUCUGGCCGAGAGGAACGGGAAGAUUGUGAAGUACGUGGUGGUGUAUCGAGAUAUCAACAGCCAGCACAACAGCACCAACACUACCACAGAAACACAGAUGACCGUCCAAGGUUUGCAGCCUGACACAACCUACGACAUCAGAGUCCAAGCUUUCACCAGCAAGGGGGGAGGACCCAUCAGCCCCAGCAUUCAGAGCAGAACCAUGUCCACCUCUAUGCCAGACCUUCCCUCAGUAUUCACCAAGAACUUUGGUGUGAAGGCUGUGAUGAAAACCUCUGUCCUGCUGACCUGGGAAGUGCCAGAAACCUACAAAUCUCAAGUGCCUCUUAAGAUCCUGUACAACCAGCAGAGUGUGGAGGUCCCAGGCAACCUAAAGAGGAAGUUGAUCACACAGCUGCAGCCAGAUACUGAUUAUUCCUUUGUGCUAAUGAGCCGAGGGAACAGUGCAGGUGGCCUUCAGCAGCAAGUUUCCAUCCGAACAGCUCCAGACCUGCUGAAGAUGAAACCAAUUCAAUACCAACACAAUAUGGAGGAGGGUGGUAAAGUGACCAUCAGUCUUCCCAGGGCCCCUGCUGGAGCACCCAUCAGAUGGUACUACAUAGUGGUUGUCCCUGUCACCCCGGCUUCUCUGAGGAGAUGGGAGAACCCUGAAGACAUGGACAUACAUGAGCUCCUGGAGGCUGGUGCUGACAGCAGUCUGCAGAGGAAGAGGAGACAGAGCCAGGACUUCCUGCAGCCCUACAUCACUGCCAAGCUGGAUGGUCUGCCUGAGAUUUUCACUCUGGGUGAUGAGAAGAAAUACAACGGCUACUACAACAAACCCCUCGCUGGCCAGCAACAGUAUCGUUGCUUUGUUCUGGCUGACCUGAUGGACCACGAGUCUCAGAGGACAUUUGCAGCCAGCCCGUUCUCUGAGCCCAUCACGGUGAAGCUCAACAGUGGGAUGACGCGACAAACUGAGGACCCAGAGAUGCUGUGGGUGAUGGGUCCAGUGCUGGCUGUCAUUCUCAUCAUCAUCAUAGUCAUUGCUAUUCUACUCUUCAAGAGCAAACAAGAAAGGAAACGAACAUCUCCAGCCAAGGACGAGCACAUGGCAGGGGUCAAGGACUUACUGCUGGCCCACUCCUCAGAUCCUGUGGAGAUGAGGAGACUCAACUAUCAGACACAAGGUCUAUUGAUCCAGGGCAGCAGUUCACCUGGGAGCACUCCAACCUGGAGGUCAACAAGCCAAAGAACCGAUAUGCAAAUGUUAUUGCCUACGACCACUCCAGGGUCAUCCUCACACCUGUGGAUGGAGUUCCAGGCAGCGACUACAUUAAUGCCAACUACAUUGACGGCUACAAGAAACAGAAUGCUUACAUCGCCACACAGGGGCCUCUGCCAGAGACGCUGAGCGACUUCUGGAGAAUGGUGUGGGAGCAGAGGACCUGCACCAUUGUUAUGAUGACUCGCCUAGAGGAGAAGUCACGGGUGAAGUGUGACCAGUAUUGGCCCAGCCGAGGCACAGAAACAUAUGGGAUGAUUCAGGUGACCAUGCUGGACACUGUGGAGCUGGCUACGUACAGUGUCCGUACAUUCGCCCUCUAUAAGAAUGGCUCGAGUGAGAAGAGAGAGGUUCGACAGUUCCAGUUCAUGGCCUGGCCUGACCACGGAGUGCCUGAGUACCCCACCCCAACGCUAGCCUUUCUACGCAGAGUCAAGGCCUGUAAUCCUCCAGACACUGGACCAAUGGUGGUCCACUGCAGUGCUGGUGUGGGCCGGACUGGCUGCUUCAUUGUGAUCGAAGCCAUGCUGGAGAGGAUGAAACACGAGAAGUCAGUAGACAUUUACGGUCAUGUGACGUGCAUGCGAGCUCAGAGGAACUACAUGGUGCAGACGGAAGAUCAGUAUGUGUUCAUCCACGAGGCGCUGCUGGAAGCUGCAAUGUGUGGCAACACAGAAGUCCCCGCCCGAAACCUGUACGCCCACAUUCAGAAGCUCACCCAGAUCCCUCUUGGAGAGACUGUCACCGCCAUGGAACUGGAGUUUAAGAAACUGGCCAACUCUAAAGCACAUACCUCAAGAUUCAUCAGUGCCAACCUGCCGUGUAACAAAUUUAAAAACCGCCUGGUGAACAUCAUGCCUUUCGAGUCCGAAAAGUGCCAUCAGUUGGCCUGCCGAGCGUCCUCUGCACGCUACCAGUACUUUCGUAGUGGACCCAUGGCUGAUUAA